AUGUUUCAGAAACCAUUUGUGACAAAAAGCUCGCAGACGUUGCGCAAUUCGCAAAAGAGGAAAUUAUUGGCGCAGCUGAAUUGCCUAAAUUCGAUUAAAAAUAAUGCACAAGCGGUGAAUAUAAAAAUUUUGAAUCACGAAGGUGUUCGUAUUGACAUUUAUAAUUUCGACAAAAUUCCACUUCUUUUCCAAGUCGAUGGAGAUUGCAAUUUAUAUCCAACUGUUUAUUUGUCUUGGUUAUCACAGUCAGCUGCCCCAGUACUUUUGAUAUAUGAACAGGUGCUCAAAUUCUUAAAAAAUGGAGCCGAUUUGAUGUUACAAGGUGUUAUCCAUAAUAAGGGAUCAUUACCCGAUUUCGAUAGAAAAUCUCCUAUCGCGAUUUCAUAUAUAAAAGAUAAUGGGACAAUUUGCGGACCAGUGGCCAUUGGUGUUACGUUAAUGUCUUCAAUAGAAAUGGUAGCAAAUGGAAUGAAAGGAAGAGGCGUUCAAAUUCUUCAUAUUUUCGGUGAUUAUCUAUGGUUUCCACUUGGAAACACUGAAGAAAAAGAAAAAUAUGAAGAAACAAUGGAAGAUUUGGUUAGUUAUAUCUUUAAAAUUUAUUUUUUUAUCGAAAUCUUUGAUAAAUUUCAGUUGCAACGAUGUUUUCUUGCUGCUUUAAAAUUUCGUAUAGGAAGAAAAUUUACGCUUCCACUUGAUGUGGGUGAAUUUUAUUCACAUUACUUAUUGCGAACUGUGCCAAAAAAUAAACAAAUUGAUAUGAAGAGAACGCGGUUCAAGAAAUUUUCAAAAUUCAUUAGCGAUGUAAAUCGCAAUGAAAACGGGCCAUUAUUAAUUGUUGCAUGCAAAAAUAAAGGACAAAUCAGCCAGAAUUUUAAGAAUUUUAUUUUGCAAUUUUUUAUUCAUGAAAUUAAAGAUAGAUCGAUUAUCAAAGUGGAUGUGUUAUAUUCAUUAACAGAACCCGUUAUGCCAUUAUUCAGUCUCCUUGGCUUUGCAAAGGGAAAUGUGCUCACUAUAAAGGAGUUGCGAGAAUUGAUAAGAUCGUAUAUCGAAAAUCUUAACCACGAUAAAUUAGUCAGAUUAUCUGACCCUAUCCUUCAAAAUGUUUCAAAUCGUCAUGACGAAGAUAUUGACUGCAACGCAUUAAUACAGUCCAUAAUCUCGAGAACUACAAAAGUAUAUUCGAUAACGUUUCCCGAUGGCCGCAACAUUGUGAGGAAAAAAGAUUUGCCUAAAAUUAAUUUUAAGAUUGAAGUUCGUUCUGGGAAUAAGAAAGUUACUUUAGUGAAUAAUCUAGAAGUUUACGGUGUUGAAUGCGCGCGAUUUUGUCAACAAGUCCAGAUAGGAGCUGCGACAAGUGCAACAUGUAUUAAAGAAGCACCGUUUUGUGAAGGUGCCCAAAUUCUGGUUCAAGGAAAUCAGAUCCGUUUCAUGAGUGAAAUUUUGUCAAGUGAAUUUGGUAUUGAUAAAAAAUAUAUGACUGGUCUUGAAUUGAUUCCGAAAAACAAAAAAUGA